GAGAAUAUCAGAAGGCCAUUGACUAUCACAAAAAAUAUCUAGAAAUAAGCACUGCUAUUGGCGAUCGAUCAGGAAUAGCAAGAAGCAAUGGCAAUUUGGGCAACACCUAUCAUAGGUUAGGAGAUUAUGAGGAGGCCAUUGACUAUCACGAAAAAAAUCUAGAAAUAAGCACUGCUAUUGGCGAUCGAUCAGGAAUAGCCAGAAGCAAUGGCAAUUUGGGCAAUGCCUACGAUAGUUUAGGAGAAUAUCAGAAGGCCAUUGACUAUCACAAAAAAUAUCUAGAAAUAAGCACUGCUAUUGGCGAUCGAUCAGGAAUAGCAAGAAGCAAUGGCAAUUUGGGCAACACCUAUCAUAGGUUAGGAGAUUUUGAGGAGGCCAUUGACUAUCACGAAAAAAAUCUAGAAAUAAGCACUGCUAUUGGCGAUCGAUCAGGAAUAGCAAGAAGCAAUGGUAAUUUGGGCAAUGCCUAUGAUAGUUUAGGAGAAUAUCAGCAGGCUAUUGGCUAUCACAAAAAAAAUCUAGAAAUAAGUACCACUAUUGGCGAUUUAUCAGGAAUAGCAAGAAGCAAUGGCAAUUUGGGCAAUGCCUAUCAUAGUUUAGGAGAAUACCAGGAGACCAUUGACUAUCACAAAAAAGAUCUAGAAAUAAGCACUGCUAUAGGCGAUCGAUUUGGAAUGGCAAGAAGCAAUGGCAAUUUGGGCGAUGCCAGUUAUAGUUUAGGAGAAUAUCAGAAGGCCAUUGACUAUCACAAAAAAGAUCUAGAAAUAAGCACUGCUAUUGGCGAUCAAUCACGAAUAGCAAGAAGCAAUUGCAAUUUGGGCAAUGCCUAUGAUAGUUUAGGAGAAUAUCAGAAGGCCAUUGAAUAUCACAAAAAAGAUCUAGAAAUCAGCACUGCUAUUGGCGAUCGAUCAGGAAUAGCAAGAAGCAAUGGCAAUUUGGGCAUUGCCUGUCAUAGUUUAGGAGAAUAUCAGAAGGCCAUUGACUAUCACAAAAAAGAUCUAGAAAUAAGCACUGCUAUUGGCGAUCGAUCAGGAAUAGCAAGCAGUAAUGCCAAUUUGGGCAAUGCUUAUCAUAGGUUAGGGGAAUUACAGGAGGCCAUUGACUGUCACAAAAAAAAUCUAGAAAUAAGCACUGCUAUUGGCGAUCAAUCAGGAAUAGCAAGAAGCAAUGCCAUUUUGGGCAAUGCCUAUGAUAGUUUAGGAGAAUAUGAGAAGGCCAUUGACUUUCACAAAAAAGAUCUAGAAAUAAGCACUGCUACUGGCGAUCUAUCAGGAAUAGCAAGAAGCAAUGGCAAUUUGGGCAAUGCCUGUCAUAAGUUAGGAGAAUAUCAGAAGGCCAUAGAAUAUUACCAAAAAAAUGUCGAAAUAAGCACUGCUAUUGGCGAUCGAUCAGGAAUAGCAAGAAGCAAUGCCAAUUUGGGCAAUGCCUAUGACAGUUUAGGGGAAUAUCAGAAGGCCAUUGACUAUCACGAAAAAGACCUAGAAAUAAGCACUGCUAUUGGCGAUCGAUCAGGAAUAGCAAGAAGCAAUUGCAAUUUGGGCAAUGCUUAUGAUUGUUUAGAAGAAUAUGAGAUGGCCAUUGACUAUCACAAAAAAGAUCUAGAAAUAAGCACUGCUGUUGGCGAUCGUUCAGGAAUAGCAAGAAGCAAUGGCAAUUUGGGCAAUGCCUACCAGAGUUUAGGAGAAUAUCAGGAGGCCAUCGACUAUCACGAAAAAAAUCUAGAAAUAAGCACUGAUAUUGGCGAUCUAUCAGGAAUAGGAAGAAGCAAUGGUAAUUUGGGCAGUGCCUAUCAUAGUUUAGGAGAAUAUCAGAAGGCCAUUGACUGUCACAAAAAAGAUCUAGAAAUAAGCACUGCUAUUGGCGAUCGAUCAGGAAUAGCAAGAAGCAAUUGCAAUUUGGGCAAUGUCUGUGAUAGUUUAGGAGAAUAUCAGGAGGCCAUUGACUGUCACAAAAUAAAUCUAGAAAUAAGCACUGCUAUUGGCGAUCUGUCAGGAAUAGCAAAAAGCAAUGGCAAUUUGGGCAUUGCCUAUUAUAGUUUAGGAGAAUAUCAGAAGGCCAUUGACUAUCACAAAAAAGAUCUAGAAAUAAGCACUGCUAUUGGCGAUCGAUCAGGAAUAGCAAAAACCAAUGGAAACUUGGGCAAUGUCUAUGAUAGUUUAGGAGAAUAUCAGAAGGCCGUUGACUAUCACAAAAAAGAUCUAGAAAUAAGCACUGCUAUUGGCGAUCGAUUAGGAAUAGCAAGAAGCAAUGGCAAUUUGGGCAAUGCCUAUGAUAGUUUAGGAGAAUAUCAGGAGUCCAUUGACUAUCACAAAAAAGAUCUAGAUAUAAGCACUGCAAUUGGCGAUCAAUCGGGAAUAGCAAGAAGCAAUGGCAAUUUGGGCAAUGCUUAUCAUAGUUUAGGAAAAUAUCAGGAGACCAUUGACUAUCACCAAAAAAAUCUAGAAAUAAGCACUACUAUUGGCGAUCUGUCAGGAAUAGCAAAAAGCAAUGGCAAUUUGGGCAAUGCCUAUUAUAGUUUAGGAGAAUAUCAGAAGGCCAUUGACUAUCACAAAAAAGAUCUAGAAAUAAGCACUGCUAUUGGCAAUCGAUCAGGAAUAGCUAGAGGCAAUUGCAAUUUGGGUAAUGCCUAUGCUAGUUUAGGGGAAUAUCAGAACGCCGUUGACUAUCACAAAAAAGAUCUAGAAAUAAACACUGCUAUAGGGGAUCGAUCAGGAAUAGCCAGAAGCAAUGGCAAUUUGGGCAAUGCUUAUCACAGUUUAGGAGAAUAUCAGGAGGCCAUUGGCUAUCACAAAAAAGAUCUAGAAAUAAGCACUGCUAUAGGCUAUCUAUCAGGAAUAGCAAGAAGCAAUGCCAAUUUGGGCAAUGCCUAUGAUAGUUUAGGAGAAUAUCAGAAGGCCAUUAACUAUCACAAAAAAGAUCUAGAAAUAAGCACUGCUAUUGGCGAUCGAUCAGGAAUAGCAAGAAGCAAUUGCAAUUUGGGCAAUGCCUUUGAUAGUUUAGGAGAAUAUCAGAAGGCCAUUGACUAUCACAAAGAAGAUCUAGAAAUAAGCACUGCUAUUGGCAGUCGAUCAGGAAUAGCAAGAAGCAAUGGCAAUUUGGGCAAUGCCUGUCAUAGUUUAGGAGAAUAUCAGAAGGCCAUUGACUAUCACAAAAAAGAUCUAGAAAUAAGCACUGCUAUUGGCGAUCGAUCAGGAAUAGCAAUUUGCCGCGGCAAUUUAGGAAGUUCCCAUCGAUGUUUAGGAGAGUAUGAAGUUGCAACAUCUCACCUAAUAGAAUCAAUUAGUUUUUUUGAUGAAAUGUUUUUAGAUUCAGUUCCAGAACAAAAUCAACUGGCAUUCGCGAAGCAAUAUUUUGAAUCUCAUACAAUUUUAAUGAGUUGUUUCCUUUCGUUGAAGCGUGCUGAGUCCGCAUUAUUGGUCAUUGACCUUGGUAGGUGUAAAGAGCUCCAUUACUGCAUUGAAAAACGUAGGAAUUAUGUUGAUAAGGAGUUGUUCGAUUAUGCCCGUGCGAUAUGGAAUAGAAUUGAGGCCAGAGAAGAACAAAUAGAAAUAGAAGGAUUGCAAACUCUUCUCCACCUAGGAAAAAAUGAUACAUCAAUUUUAGUAUUCGCUUUUGAUUUGGAAGGUGUUCUUAAUGCUUGGGUUUUAACUGACAAAGUUAUCUUCAGAAAAGUAUUAGACGCUCGUCGGGAAACAUUUUAUCUGCUUAUUAUGGAACUUUUUGGAAGGGUAAAUGUUAAGGUUGAUCGAAAUUCGUCGUUUUACAUACUCGAUUCAGUUGCUAACACUAUUAACCAAGUGAUGUCGCCUUUUGAGCUCCCAAGCGGAACGGCUGCCUCUAAAAAUGCGGUUGACAAUCCUGCUAGCUAUAAUCAUAUCUCUGAUCAAAACAUUUUGGAAAUGUUGUUUAAACUUUUAGUUCAUCCUGUAAAAGAUCUGAUUAGAGGCAAUAAUCUCAUUAUUGUCCCUGACCCGCUGUUGUUUUUUACACCCUUUUCAGCACUGAUUGAUGAAAAUAGCUCAUAUUUAUCCAACAUUUACAGUGUUCAAAUUUCCCCUUCAUUGCAUACUCUAAAGUGUACGAUGGAACAAUCCUUUGGCUCAAACUUUGGAUUUGCAUUGUUUGUUGGUAAUCCAACUGUUGGAAAAGUUAGUUUAAACGGAAAAUAUGUUACACCGGCUGACCUGCCCAAUGCCGGUGAAGAAGUUAAAUGUCUCUCAAAGGUUUUCCAAGCAAGGCCUUUAUUAGGACGCGAGGCAACAAAACAUGUAGUGUUGCAGCUUUUAACUGGGGCUAGUAUAAUCCAUAUAGCUGCCCAUGGAGAACCUACUCGAGGCGAAAUAAUGCUUGCUUCAAUUUCUUCUCUUACUGAGCCGCGCUCGUCUGUUCCUGAACCAGAGUCAUACCUUCUCACUCAACGAGAUAUUCUAAAUAUUUCUGUGCAAGCUCACUUGGUAGUUUUAUGUUGUUGCCAUACUGGGCAAGGUGAAAUUACUUCAGAAGGUGUCAUAGGUAUAACUCGAGCGUUUCUUGCAGCUGGGGCUCGCUGUGUUCUUGCCACACUGUGGCCUAUUAGCGAUUAUGCCACAAAGGAAUUCAUGGAGAAAUUUUAUGGUGAACUUUGCCAAGAAACACCAGUUUGUGAAGCUUUACGAAGAACAAUGAACUACUUUCAGACACAUGAAAAAGAGGGAUGCCGAUCCAGUUGGAUCUGGGCUCCGUUUACCAUCUAUGGGAAGGAUGUGAAGUUUGGAAAAGAUGAGAUUGAAAAAAUUAGGGAAAAAUCGCAUGAGUUUUUUUCCGGUUUCGUCGUGGUAUGACUACGAUCCUAAAGUUUAUGACUAGCGUUACAUUAACUAUGCUUGAAAUCUCCAGCAGGCAUCACCCGAAUCAUUUAAACGUCGUCGAACUUUAACUUAGUCUAAUUGGUAACCGCAGCCUGACAUAAAUUUUUAUUAUCAUGCGGUAGUAUGGAAUAUUUUAGACUGAGCAUUCCAUUAUUAUAUAUUGCUAGUGGAACGUCGACUGUUCAGAAUGCUUAAAU